AUAAAUGUCGUAAUCCUUGACUUUAGAUCUAAAGUGAUACUUGAAAUAAAGCAAACUUAUUCGUAGAGAAACCAAACUUAAUGAAACACGUGUUUACACGCUGUUAAUGAAGUUUAAUUAAAAUAAUCGUUUAACUUCUCGUUUCUAUCACACCACCAUUUAAUAGCAAAAGGAAAACACUGCAAUUAUAUACGGCGGUAUAUCCGUAUAUACUAUAUAGAUCUCGUACUAGAGUAUUUUACGUUAGAAAUGUUAGGGACAGUCAAACAAUUAUGUUAUUCAACUCUUCUAUAUUUAUCAAAAUAAUUCGUUUGUUUUGUUCUAUUUAAUAUCAUCACGCCCACAAUAUAACACGCUUUUAUUUGUUCUUACUUUACUUUCAUCUAUUUUUGUUUCUAUGUUAAGUUUUUCAUUAAAAAAAAAAAGAAAAUACAAAUAAAAUUUCCCGGUCCCUUACGUCUCAGCCAAUCACAGUGCAGCAAAUCUUCGCUCCUGUCAAGCGGCGCCACUCAAUACGAGGCUUAUAGUCCUCUUGUGAACCAACAGUAAGCAGUAUGGACUCUGUGGAGGAAAAGGUGGAGGUGCUGCUGAAUGGAGAAGGGCUGGAGGUUCCAUAUUUUGACUCGGAUCAUGUGCAGGCUGUGACCCUGAAAAAAAAUGUGUGCUACAUAGUGAGUGCCGUCAUCUUCAACUCUGAGGGUGAUGUGCUGAUGGUGCAGGAAGCAAAGAGGGAGUGUUACGGUCAAUGGUACCUCCCUGCAGGCCGCAUGGAGGUGGGCGAGAGCAUCCACGAAGCUCUGCGCAGGGAGGUAAAAGAAGAGGCUGGGUUUGAGUGCGAGCCAAUUACCAUGCUGCUGGUGCAGGAACAGCGGCGGCAGUGGAUACGCUUUACCUUCCUCGCUGAGGUCACAGGGGGCUGCUUGAAGACACCGUCCGAGGCAGACUCGGAGUCCCUGCAGGCCCAGUGGUGGGAUCAAAAGGCUCCUCGUCCUCUGCGUAGCCAGGAUAUCGUGGGUCUCAUCGACGCUGGAGUGAAAUAUCGCCAGAAGCCGUGGUUCCCUGUUUCUCUCCCCGUGAACAUGCCUUGCUCUGUGGUGUGUCAGAGAUUACUCUUCGUCUUCAGCUGCAAGGAGCAAAUAUGGCUGCUUCUCGCUAAACACACAGACGGUCCUGAUACACACGUUCGUCUUCCUGUGAUCAUCUCAGAAAAAGGGUAUUCGAUCGAACGGGCGGGGUACAGAUUCCUACAGGGCUGCAUGCGGACGAAUCCCGCGCUGCAGUUUAACAUGCAUGGGAUUCUGGGAGUGCAACACGACAGCAGUGUCCCGAGCCAAUCUGACGGGAUCUGCUUCAAUACAUUUGUGACUAUGGAGCCUACUGAAGACGGGGCGGAGCUCAGCAGCCUGCCGCUAUUGGACAACGAAAGGUACACUUGGUACAAAGUGACCAAUGACAGCUUGAAAGGGAAGAUACUACAGAGGAUAAAGGACAGAUCAUUCCUUCCCAUGAACAAAGUUUAAUUAUUCGCUUUGACUAAUUAACCACAACAAAUUUAAUCUACUGAGUGGGUCACGCCGUCCCUUUACUGUGAGCCGACUUCUGCUGUUGCAACGCGCCAUUACUUUCUCACCAUCAAAAACACUGAGUUAUGCUGUUUGUAGUGUUUACUCCAUGAGAGAGAGGGAAAAAAAGUUAUGGAAUUAAAAGUUUUUCAACCCCGA